GGGAGGAGGUGCUCUUGUUCUCCAUGGACUUCACAGUGUCCCAGUGUCCCAUAUAUGACGAAGCAUGGUAUGAGGACAUGUCUGACAGACAACCCAUAGUUCUCAGUCAUCAUUUAUAUGUCCUUAAAGAAGGUGUGGCCGCGGACUGCAGUGUGAUGGAUGGUGAUGUGGACCUCAGAGACAAGUGGUUCACAAUGGAUUCAGACUCUAUUCCACAUAGCACAUUGUUGGUUGGGUUUGGGUAUGAGGCACGUUCUCUUGGCCCUGCUGUUAAGAAGGCUGCUGCAUUGACAUGGACUGAAACCAACCUUCCUAAUGUAUCUACUGCUCACAUGAAUGAAACACCAGUUUGGAGAAUUACGUUUAACGUGGAUGACACCGCCAUUCCUGAGGUUGUAAGAAGAGCUAGAUUUCACGGAAGAGAAAUGACAGACCACCCAGAUACUAAAAACAUGCUCUCCAGGAUCCCUGGAAGGCUUUGGACAACCAGUCCGGAAGACGUGGGAUUGGUAGAAAUGGACCCGGUUGUGAUUCUGGUUGACAAUGACACUCCUACACGCAUUCCUAUUUACCGGCCUCAAUACCCAUUGAGUGAGGAAAAGGUGAAAGGAAUCGAACCUACCAUCGCUGGAUUGUUGAAUAGUAAGGUGCUGUUCCACACAACGUCACCCUGGAACACGCCAAUCUUACCUGUCAAAAAAGGAAGAACGGGAAAAUGGAGGAUGGUUCAAGAUUUCAGGCCUAUCAACGAAGUCACCAUUCCUGAUGUGAGGCCAGUUCCUGAUCCCUACCUGGCUCUCCAGAACAUAUCACCGACCCAAGACUGGUUCUCAGUCGUUGACUUAGCCAAUGCCUUCUUCUGCAUUCCACUUCAUGAAGAUUCGCAACCUCUGUUUGCUUUUACCUUUCAAAAUCAGUGCUUCACUUACUCCAGAAUGCCACAGGAGUACAGGGACUCCCCCGGAAUUUUUAAUUCUGUCCUUAAGGAGCACCUGGAAGAUCUCCCCUUACCUGAGGGGGUUACCCUUCUCCAAUACGUUGAUGACCUGUUGCUAGCGGCACCUACCGCUGAGACCUGUCUCCAGACAACUGAACUCCUACUCAAGCACGUGGCUGACAAAGGAUAUAAGGUCAAACGUGAAAAAGUACAAUGCUGCAGGAGAACCGUACUAUUCCUGGGGAGGGUGCUCUCAGGACAAGGACAGGCGGUGUCAUCAGCUCAGAGGACUUCUAUACUGGAGCAUCCUAAACCCAUUACUGUGCAACACUUGCUCUCCUUUCUGGGCCUCACUGGGUACAGCAGGACUCAUGUGCCCGAAUACUGCUUGAAAGUUGAACCACUCAGAGCCAUUCUCAGACAGGCUGGAAACAGGAAUCUCACAGCCACACUCACUUGGACCACGGAAGCCAAAGCUGCGUUCAUAGCACUGAAACAAACCCUUGCCCAAGCAGAGGCUCUGUCCCUACCUGAUUAUACCAUCCCAUUCAGGUUGGAUGUUUCUGAACAGGAUGGCUAUGUUCAUUCCAUCCUUUAUCAGAAACAAAAGGGGGAGAGAAGAGUGUUACAUUACUACAGUGCACAACUGGACAACAUUGAAUGUGGCCAAACUGAUUGUGCAAGACACAUUGCUGCACUGUCCAAAGCAAUAGGGAAAACAGCUCAUAUUGUUAUGAGACAUCCUCUGGAAAUUAACACAGACCAUGGAGUAACAGCCUUCAUCGGCUCAAAACUGUUCACCCUCUCCAGCAAAAGAAAAUCAAACAUCACAAAAAUGAUCACAGCAAAACUGUCCAAACAGGUGGUGGUGGUCCGUACUCCUGCUGUUGAGACCACAGACGAGAACAGAGAUAUCCUGGUUGGUGACUGGGUGAGAGUGAAGGUGCACUCCAGGAAGUGGACACAACCCAGGUGGAAGGGACCAUUCCAAGUUAAAGAGGUAUCAAGCCACUCUUUGAGGGUAAGAGCUGUCCAUAGAGACAUCUGGUACCACCGGACUCACUGUAGUAAAGACCAGACACCAAGCAGGACACUAGAUCAAGCUGGGACCCUCCAAGCUAGUGCUGGAGAGCAGGUCCUCCAGACAGACAUCACUGACCAUGAUGGACUAAGGCUGCCAGCCCUGGUAGUCUGCCCCAUUGACAGCCCCCUAAAGGCUGGGACCCUUCAAGCUAGUGCUAGAGAGCAAGUGCUCCAGACAGAUGUCUAUUCCGCGGGCCAUGAUGGACUAAGCCUGCCGGCCCUGGUAGACUGCCUCCAGGAUAGCCCUCGAAAGAACCUUGUGCCGAAGCCCCUGCAAGGCCCCAGGCCCACCCGAGAGACAAAUAUAGCAAAGGCAGAAAAGAAGGCCACAGAGGUUAUCAAGGCUAGAAGGUCUAGGGAGGCUAAGUAUGGGGUGAAAAAACUAAGCCGCCAAGUAGUUGGUAUGUUGGCACUGCCUCAAACUCUUCUAACUCAAACAACCAGUUACAGUGUCCUGCCAGCUAUCAAGAAGGGCACUAAAGUUACUAAAAUGGAGACAACAGAACCCCUAUGUCCCUUGACACCUGAUAGGGAGAUAAUUAUCUCCUCUUCAUCUGUUGAUGACCUCCUUACCCCAAAGAGUGAUGUCACGUCCGAGGCUAAGAGCGAUGAUGCCUCCCGUCCAAUUGGACCUGAGGUGUUCUCUCUAACAAACUUCCUGAAGUCUCACCCUAAGAGAAAGCUUAUCAGGAACUUCCUCAAACAAAUAAACGUGACGAUAGGUGACCUGGACGAGAUCAUCGAGUGGGUGGUGUGUGUCUCCAAUGAGGUGUUCCUCCCAGUGAUGGUUCUGAUCAGGACCUCCAGUCCAGUGUCGUCAAACUCGUCCCGCUGGGGGUCAGGUGAGCUCCAGAUCAUCUCCAGGGAGUUCCACCAGCGGAGUUCUGAGCCGAAGGGAAGGCUCCUGGGUGGGCAGCCGCCCACUCCCCCUUCUGAGACCGACAAGGAGCUUCAGUGCAUAGCAGAUCUGUCUGUGAGUAACAUCCUGAAAAUGGCCCAGGAGGACCUCUUCUUUUCUGUUGAGGAUGAUCUGGAGAACACCCACCCAGACAUUAGUCUGACCGAAGAGAGGCUCUCCAGCAUCUUCUCAGAGUUGUUCAGGGAGGCCUGUGAGAGUGCCCAGGAGGCCGCCAGACGGAUCCACCACAUGAGGUCUGGAAGAGGCAACAGCAGCCGGAAUGGGAGGUGCCCUGGGUUAUCGCAGGGAUCGAGCAGGUCCAAUAUGCCAGAUUUGGGAGAACUGGGGUCAGUGAGGAAGCCCAAGGAAAGCGACGUCCAUAAAGUCCUUAGCGAGGGGUCCCUCCCUGUCCUUGCCCUGCUUGGGGAGAGGCCAGGGGAAGUUGGGGAGACCAGCAGCCCUGCUGGGGAGAUGGACACGACCCAGACUGCCAGCACUCCCAGCAUUCCCCGGUCUGGGCAUGGCGGCAGAAGAAGUAGGCAGACCACCGCUCCCACCACCGGCCACAGAGAGGCAGGAGUCACAGCCAGUAACAUCUUUGAUGUUAUAUUUCAUCUGACGCACUCAGACACUGACCGGGAACUCCACCAGGAGUUCAGCAGUGAGGAUGAUGUUUCACUGAAUGACAUCACGGACAUGAAGUUAACCCCACCAGUGGAGCCCCUAGGGCAGAUCCUGUCCUCAUGGAAGCUGGUCAACAGGAUCUUCAGGGGGAAGGUCCACUACUUUGGGAAGGAGCUCAUCUGCAAGGUGUAUCAGAUGCUUCUGGACACCGGUAUGGGAAGGAGGCCAAUGGCCCGCCAGAGCAGGUCCGAGCCCAUCCUGAAAGACCUGGCUGCCAACCGUAGGCUCUCCGAUGAUUUUUUCACAGAUGUGCUGUACAUGUUCAUCCAACGGGCCAUUAAGAAUCUGCUGGAGAACUUCUUGGGUCUGCCGACCACCCCACUGGGUAGAGACAUUAUGUGGAAUGACAACUUCAACUGGAUGUAUAGGGACGGCUGGGGGGAGACCCCCACAUCCAGCGAGAACGAGUUGUGGGACAGCGACUCCACCUGGUCACGUGACCUUGGAGAGGAGGGGGCAGAGUCCCGUGGGAGGUGGGCCGCUCUGUUAGAGAGGGGCAGCUUCCUGACCCUCCAGUCCUCCAGCUCCCUCUCCCUCUCUGAUGACAACAAGGAGGCACUAGGGGCCGUCUGCCAGGUCCUGACCACCAGGGUGGGAGACAUCCUGAACAGUACCUGCAACGACGAUUACAAGGCCAGGCUCAUCAUCCAGAAAGGAUUGGAUUCCGGUGCCAGGGAAAGGUUCCCUGGCUCUCCGUGUUCCUCUUCACCCAAGGACGAAGAGGAGGUGGUUGUAAGGGUCAUGACUGUCUCAUACCCUAAACCCUCCACCUCAACCCAGGCAGCAUGGGCAGCUCCUGCCCAGACUCUGGACGUUUUUCUGCCCAGACCCUGCCUGGAUGAAGAAGAGGUAGUCCCCAGCACCUCCAUGAAGGACGACUCUGUGACGACCACCCAUGCAGCACGGGCAGCUCCUUCCCAGACCCUGGAAGAAGAGGUGGGGGAGGCUGAGGUCUCCGAGAUGAGUGACAGCUCCCUGAUGCCCACCAAGAACAGACAGGACCCCCUGGAGAAGAUUCCCUCCCUCCUACCAGGCAAGGAGGACAUCCUCCUUCGCAGCACUCCCUCGGCCACCGUCAUGAGCCCACAGACUCUGAAGUUUAUUCUCUACGGCAUCAUGUGCCGACUGGCGGCCUCAGAGUCCCCCCAGACAAGGAGGGCCAAUGACCCCUUCAGGCUGAUGAAGGAUCUCUUUGUGGAAGUCCAGCAUGCCCUGAAGUACUGUGGCUGCAGAUGAGCCUAAGAAAAAGCAGGCUCUCCUCCCGCGGAUCACAGCCGCCCUGGCAAAACUAUUUUGCUUCCCCUGCAAAAAAAAAAAAAAAUGAUGCAAAGAGUAACUGUGCAGAAGACGAGUUUGGGAAAACCCUGCUGCCACCUCCCCCAACCCACUUUCUAAAUAAAGUCUCAAAGCCAACAGAAGAGGGAGGGAGACAACCCCCCCUACUCACAACUCAUUUUAUUACACCCCAUGUAAUUCAAUAAACACAACUUGCAGCUAUUUUGAUCUUC